GACCCCGUCUCUAUCGUAUCCAGUCCUCCAGCCAUUACCCCUUUCCUGCACUCGGCUUUGAACUACGGCUGGCAGCUGGGUCCAAAACGGCUGGCUGUGAGAUUCCCGGCUUCCCCAGCGCUGGAGACUUGUACACAAUCAUCAUGGCGUCCCAGGACGAAAUGGAAGAGCUGGGAAUGGAGGCAGAUGGACCGAAAUCUGAGCUGAGCAGCACAGAAGGUGGAGACGGCAGUUGCUCUCAGGCGGCAGACAGCAGUUUAGUGCCACAGGAGGCAGAAGGCUCUGUUAGCAAUGGAGGGGACUCUGAGGCACCCAAAGAACAUGUAGAAUUUAAGGUUAUUUGGAACAAGAAUAAAUAUGAUGUUAAGCUCCCACUGGAUACUACAGGAGCAAGCCUUAAACAACAAAUUCACACUCUUACAGGUCUUCCACCAGCUAUGCAGAAAGUAAUGUUCAAGGGGCUUCUCCCCGAGGAUAAAACACUACGGGAAAUUAAAGUCACGAAUGGGGCGAAAGUCAUGGUUGUAGGUUCUACGAUCAAUGACGUGCUGGCUGUUACCACCCCCAAAGAUACAAUCCAGCAAGAAGUAAAAGAGGAGGAAAACAAGAAGGAGCCACUGUGCAAACAGAAGCAACACAGAAAAGUGCUAGACAAAGGCAAACCAGACGAUGUGAUGCCGUCUCUGAAAGGAGUGCAGGAGAGGCUCCCAACAACGCCUAUAUCUGGUAUGUACAACAAGUCUGGAGGGAAGGUUAGACUGACAUUCAAACUGGAGCAGGAUCAGCUGUGGAUCGGUACAAAGGAGAGGACGGAGAAAUUACCCAUGGCUUCCAUUAAAAAUGUGGUCUCAGAACCAAUUGAAGAACAGGAAGGCUAUCACAUGAUGGCUUUCCAGCUGGGUCCUACUGAAGCAUCUUACUAUUGGGUUUACUGGGUCCCUGCACAAUAUGUGGAUGCCAUCAAGGACACAGUGCUGGGGAAAUGGCAGUAUUUUUGAAGUUACGUUCACCUCUGGCAUAGGACAUGCAAUUCUGGGAGUAACCACACACACAGUCACCAACUCUCCCCAUCCCACGCCCGGACACCCUUUCCCACCCGCCAUGAUAACCCACUGACCCUUGAUCCACAGAAACUCCCAAACCUGGAACUUAACCCAUUUCAAAGUAUCCUGUGGGUCAGGAAAGGCCAUCUUGUUGGAGCCAGAGGUGAACGCUCACUGCUAGUUUACAUUUUUAACUCUUACAAGUUGCAGGCACACCGCUGCAGCUGCUUCAGCCAUAUAUCCAAGUGAAGAAAGCAAAAAUCCUCUUUUUAUUACCCUUUAGCUGCCAGAAACACCAACAGAACUCCCUCUCUAUCCAUCCCGCGCGGUGGCAGCAGAAGGUUCCAUUGUCCUGAGGCUUCCAACCGGAAUCACAGAAUGAAACCUGCAGAUGGCUCAGUAAAUGCUCUAAGCAAACAGGCCACAUUGCCAGCUCAUGCGGAUAAAAGCCCCACUUAUCGCUAUCUUUAUUAUUAGUUUGUUUAUUUUAAUUAUUUUAACUUAAAAUGAAAACAAAGCAAGUUCUAUUGAUUUAUCUUGAUACAUUGAUGUCCGCCGCUGAAUCCACGGAGGGAAGAUAACCCUGCGUUUUUCAGUUGAUAUUUGGAUUUUUUUUUUCAGUUGAAUAUUAAACUGGUGCAGAGAGUGCCACAUCAUA